UCUGAAGGUAGUGAUUAUAGUACAAGCUGUAAUUGUCAUCUUUGUGAUUUUCUUUCGUGUGCUCCGCUGUAGAAUCAAAUCCAGACGCAGACAUUUACAUCGCAUAAGCUUACCUUGAAGUGAUUUUCGCAUCUCAGUCCUUGUACCCCAUCACUAGUUGUCAUAUGGCGUUUCCAAAGAUCGCCACAUCUAUUGGUUGUUCCAAACGCCUUUUCUCUCCAUUUUACUUCAUUCGAUCAGUCUCUUCAUUGCCAACUCUCCAAGAAUCUAUCAAGACCGCUGUCGAAUCCAAAUCAUACCAACAAAUCCCUGAUCUCCUCAUUGAAUCUGGAGAAUUUUGCAAUAAGGAGAACCCAUUCUCCUUCCUUUCUACAUUCCCAGAGAAAAACCGAAUUCAAGCCAUUGAUGAACUUCUACAAUCAUUUGUACCCAUUAGACCACGGUCUAGCCUAAGAGUUGCUUAUUCCUAUCUAUUGUCUUAUUCCCUCCAAACCCCCAAUCCACUCCCUCUUGCUCUCGCCAUUAUCCAACGCACUUCUCGCUCCGGCUGCAUCCCUAAUCCACAAAUCAACCUCCUACUUUCAACUGCCUGGAUUGAUCGACGUGCCAAAUCCCAAUCAGUCACGAACCUACUAAAUGAGAUGCGAUCAAUCGGUUACUACCCUGAUUGUGGAACUUGUAACUAUCUCAUUUCCUCGCUCUGUUCCAUUGAUCAGCUAGAGGAGGCUGUAAAAGUACUGAAUGGAAUGAGUAAGGCAAGGUGUACACCUGAUUUGGACAGUUACGGUUCUAUAAUAAGCAAAAUGUGUGCACUAAGGAAGAGUAGGGAAGCUUUCAGAAUGAUGAAGGAAAUGGUUGAAAAGUUCGGUUUGAACCCUCGACAAGAGACGGUGUUAAAAGUGGUUGCAUCAAUGCGUAUAAACAAUGAAAUGUGGGGAGCGGUUGAGAUGAUUAAACUUUUGGAAAAUGCGGGGUGUCUUUUAGGGUUUGAGAUUCAUGAUUUAGCGGUUAAAGGUUGUUUAGAGCGGCGUCAAUAUGUUUUGGCAGGGAAGUCUGCUUUGAGAAUGUCGAGAAGGGGGUUUAUACCGUAUAUAACAACUAGACAAAAGGUGGUCGAGAGACUGGCUAGUAUAGGAGAGGUCGAACUUGCUUCUGCGGUUCGUCAAAGUUUUGUGGUGCUUAAGUCCUAGGGUUUGCAACCCUUCUUACAUGUAUGUUGUUCAGGUGAUUUACAUUUCCAAAUUACAUUUCAUUAUAGGAUUUUGUUUUGGAAGUAGAUUAUUAAUUGUUGUUAGUUA